AUGAACAUACCUAAAUCGAAAGUAGACGGAUUUUUCACCUGCCGGAAGGUUUAUGUUUGUUUUAUUAAUGAAUAGGGCUAUAAAUAAUUAAAAACUAUGGCUACCGGAGAAAUUGAUGAUAACAUUGAGGAAUGUGGUAGUGACGCCGCCGGUGGUAGAAUCGGGAGCAAGUGUGAGCCGUGUCGUCAUCGGGACAGGUCAGAGGUGGCUUCGUUGUUUUGUAAAACAUGCAAUAUAUAUAUGUGCGAUGACUGCUGUGAUGUUCACAAGGUGCACAUGAAAAACGUAGAUAGACAUCAAAUUGUGGCUGCCCUAGACGCAUGUGUCAAUUCAAAUGUCGAUAUGAGGGGACUGGAUCAGUGUUGCGAACAUAAACGAGCGUUCAUGUUCUACUGUGAAGAUCAUAGCGAUUUAUGCUGUGAGAUAUGUGCAAUUGCUCACCAUCGAAAAUGCGACGACGUCCACGAAAUAGCGAAGGUAGCUAAGAAUGUGAAAGAUGAUGAAAGGGAUAACAUACGUGAAUCCAUUGCAACUGCCUCAGAUGUUAUCCUGAAAUGCAAGAAGGACCAAAUGAACAAUGUUUCGCGAGUUGAAGAAAUCGUAAAAGAAAUUGCCAUCUACAAGGAAGACUUAUUAACGAAAAUUGAGAAAGCCAAGGCGCGAAUUGUCAGCGAAAUGGCUAACCAUAACACACAGGAAGACGAACGUCUAAAUUCGAGGAGAAAUGCGGCUGAAAACCUGAAGAAAGAACUCGACACGCACUUGACAAUGUCAGAUAGUGUUCGCGAGAAUGGAACGGAAACGGAAAUAUUCAUUCUAAACCACAUUCUUAAAAGAACGCAAUACAAGGCAGCACAGACACUGAACACUCUGUUGAAGAUUGACUACACCGCCUUAGUGGGACUAAAAAUCAUCGAAAACAUUUAAAAAAUAAAAACUACUGAUGUCGCAUU